CCUUUUCCCACUCCUGGACAUGUCUCCUAAGCUACCCAGAUCCGAGUUCCGAAGUCUCGUCAGCCAAUUGCGUCUGACUCAUCGAAAUUACAGCAACACCCGAGCACCUGAACUGGAUUUGUUCUACACCAAACACGCCAACAAGUGGAUCAAGAGCAGAGCGUCUGCCCCUACAAUGUGUUUCAAUGCUUUUUUGGAUGCAUGGUUUGAAAUGGCACUAGAUUGUUGUGUGCGAGAUCCUACUAUCUACAGCAAACUGAACAGUCUGACCAGUCAUGGAAGGAGAGUGCUCGGAAUAGACGACUCAUUUGUCCACUCUCUCGUCAUGCCACUGCCCCCAUCAUUACCCCCUCUACAGGAUGACGCGAGUGCGAAACAAAUGAAGAUGGAGCGGGAGCCAUCCACUCUUCUGGAUUUGUCCAAGAACAACAACAACAACAACAACAACAACAACAACAACAACAACAACAACAACAACAACAACAACAACAACAACAACAACAACAACAACAACAACAACAACAACAACAACAACAGCAACAAAGAAUCAGCAAACAACAGCGACAAGUCAAAACAGCCAGAACCCAAUAAAAAGAACAAUAAUAUCGCAGGAAGAGUUAAACGCGAGAAAACAACAGGAAGUAUACGCGAACAAAGUAUGAGUAAAAAGGGGUCAAAUUUGAUGAGUGGGGGCCCAAUGUUUACUAGAAGCAGCACUCAUAUCACAGUUCUGGAGUUGGACGAAGAUGAUGAAGAGAACAAUGAAAAAAGCAUCACUGGAACCAAAAAGAGUUCAGACAAGUUUGGAAGAGAGGCCACGAAUGUGUUACUCGCUGAGUCCAUAAAGGCCAUGACCAGGCAGCCGUCCAUAAUGGGCCGAAAACCAGGAACCACACUGUUGGCAAGGAAAAACAACCGAGACGUGAACAACAACGAUAGUAAUCAUAAUCGUAGUAGUUCAAGUUAUGUUAGUAGUAAUAAUCUGAGUGGUAGUUAUAAUAAUCUUGACUUGAGUAAUGCGCACUAUUUGAAACCGACUCAAGUCAGUGAAAGACGAGCUGUUCUGUUGCCGCCCAUUGAGCAGAAAACUCAGAGUACUGUUGCGUGGAAGUAAACUUGAUCUAAACAUUAAUCAAACUUGAUGAAAAUGACAAAAAACCUAAUUUAAUUGUUUGGGUUUUGGUA